GUGGGGGUUGAGACUGGAGUAGUAAAUCAAUUGUAGAGUUCCUCAGCACUAAAGGGUUACAGUGGAAGUGAGGCACUGGUAGAUGAGGAUGACCUUAUUUAGUCAGUGAGGAGGAACAGCUCUGGAUAGAAUAGGACUCAGUCCUAACUCAGUAGAGAGAGAGAAAUCAUGUAACUCCCACAUUUCCAGAUCAAACAGUGUACAGUCAGAUCACUAUCAGAGGGGAAUUAAUGCAGAACGCAAAAGCCAAAUACUGUACCCAAAUCAUUUCUCCUGUUGGACAUGGCAAGCAAGAGUUGGGAACAUGUGCAGUGAAGGAUCGAGUCAAUAUCAUGACUCCUCAGCAGAACAGCUGUCAGAGGCAACCAAAAGCAGAAGGUGGAACUCGACAAACUAAAAGACCGGUGGCAGACAAGGUUGGUUUGAAAAGAUACUUGCCAACCACAGAGAGGAUGAAGCCUGCGAUACAGAGAAGGCGUUCAGCACCCACAAUGGCCAUUAGCAAAGCACUGAGCAAAUCAAGAACCCCAUCGAGAGAUGGACCUCUUUCGCCUACAUCUCCUGACAGCAAGUCACUUGUCCGUGCCUUCAGCAGCUCCACUUCAGCUUUUAUAAUGGACGAACGUGUUCAGCUCACGACAGGACUGCAGACACAGGAGCGCCACCUCUUCCUCUUCAGUGAUCUGUUGGUGAUCGCCAAAUUAAAAUUCUCUACGAGCUUAAAGCCGAAGAACCAGAUCAGACUGUGUGAGAUGUGGACUGCCUUCUGCAUCGAUGAAGUGUGUGAGAGGAAAAUGACGCCCGAAAAUUCCUUCGUCAUUGGAUGGCCCACGACUAACUGCGUGGUCACCUUCAGUUCUUCGGAAGUGAGAGAGAAAUGGCUUUCAGCACUGCACUGGCAAAUCAAAGAAAUGAAGCUGGAUGAACUCCGAAAGAAAAUAUUUAUGAAGGUUACAGUGAUGCCAGCUAGGAGUUGUACCUGUACAUUAACGCUUUCCGUGAGCAACACAGAUACAGCGGAGAACAUCAUUAAAAUGGCAACAAAGCAACUGGAAGCAAGACACAAGCAGGGGAGUGUUGGUGACUACCAGCUUUGGGUGAUUUCAGGAAAAGAGGAUGCCCCCUACCCACUCAUUGGGCACGAGCACCCAUUCAGCAUCAUAAUGAACUGCCUGAGAGAUGUUGCCGCCCGGUUGGAGAGAUCUGACAGCUACGUGCAGUCACAGGAUGGCCAUCGAGACAUCCCCUUCGAGCAGCUGUCAAAGCGCAAACAAUGUCAGUUCAUCUUGAAGCCGAGACCGCAGGCUGAUGUGCACGUGACCAGAGUAUCUCUUCCGAAGCCUCUUAAAAAGAAGAAGUCGUUGAUCAACUGGGCAUUCCGCCGUAGCUCUCACAUUAAUGCUGACAGCGACUCUCAGUCGGGAUCUCCGAUAAUUCCGAGGAAGCUUUUUGGCCUCUCGCUGCCCUCCAUCUGCAAGAACGGGACCCUCCCCAAGCCCAUCAGGGACAUGCUGCUGCUUCUAUACCAUGAAGGUCCCGCGACCAAAGGUAUCUUCAGGCGCUCUGCCAACGCCAAGACCUGUAAGGAGCUGAAGGAGAAACUGAAUUCUGGAAGUGAAGUGCACAUGGAAAUAGAAUCUGUCUUUGUGGCAGCUGCUGUCAUCACGGAUUUUCUCCGUAAUAUCCCCGGCAGCGUUCUUUCGUCUGAGCUGUACGAAAGGUGGAUGGAAGGAACGGAGAACGAAAACGAAGAGGAAAAGAUACAAGCCUUGAAAAAACUCGUGGAGGAGCUUCCCGAAGCACAUCUUCUUCUCCUUCGUCACUUGUUCACCAUUCUCCAUCGCAUCGAGAAGAGGUCUGAAGAAAACCAGAUGACGGCUUUUAACCUGGCUCUUUGCAUAGCCCCCAACAUGCUGUGGCCCCCUGGUCCUGUGGACCCAGAGGAAGAGAGUAAAUCCACAAGAAAGGUGGCCCUGCUGGUACAGUACCUGAUAGAAAACUCUCACAGGAUCUUCGGUGAUGAAGUUCUUUUACUCUUUGCGGGAUCCACGGACGUUCAGCAGGAGAAUCUGGAAGAUUCGCUGGAUGUUGAUUCGCUGAAGCAGCACUAUUCCUCCGAUGACAUGGAUUCCCCGUUAUCCGAUCAGGAGAGUAGGAGGGUCAAAAAAGGGGAGCAGAACGACAAUAUCUUUAUCGCCCUUAAUGACUCUUUGCUGGAUCCUGACGAGGAGAUGAAGGAGACGUGGAGUCAGCGGAGCUUCUUUGACGAUGACGACUCGUGCAAAAACGUUCUUCUGGAGAAUAGCGAUGGUGCCGAUCUUUCCGAGCAGCUGGAAAGCGAGUCUCUUUAUUCCUCGGUCUCUUCGCUUGUUGGGAUCCAGAGCAUCCGGUCAACGCGAGAUCGCUGCUCGUCGGAGCCCAGUGUCUGCCUGGCCCACCACCUGGCCUUGCAUCACGAGCCUGUCGCCCGCCAGUACAGCUGUGACGCCGCCAUGACUCAUGGCCACAUUGAUUACCUUCAGCAGCUGAAGAGACUGCAGAUCGAAAGCCAGAAGCUCUUAGAUGGCGGGAGGGGACCCGGCUCAAAUAAGACCAGAUAUGUUUAUUUGAGAUCCCCACAGAUUAAUCCUAGGCUGAUACAGCCUAGUUCAUACAAAAUGAAUCUAUCGACAAGAUCAAGCUUAUCCAGCCUAUCUUCUCCCACCACAUCCCCCUCCGAGUCCUCACUCAGCUCGGUGGACAGCGCCUUUUCCUGUUCCGACUCGUCCGUGUUUAGCCGGAGCGAGACUGUGUUCGGAAAUUCCGGGAAAAGCCAGGUGUCCUCACCUUGUUCUCCCAAUAAAAUGCCCGGCAAACUGCAGGGAGCCUCCUCGAGCUCGAUGGCUCAUUGCCUCGACGACGUAGACUGGUACGACGAGGAAGCAGAGAGGGACACAGACUUGGAGGCUGAGCGGGAAGAUCUGGCUCAGGUACCACAGGGUUCAGUGUCUUGUCCAGAGGGUCAAGGGCUCGUCAUGGACACCCAAAGCCAAAGGAAGGACGGGGAAAGCUUCACCAGUGUGGCUUACUUCCAACAGGGCAAAACAGGGACUUCAUUUGCCCAGAACGACACAAAGGAAGCUAGCAGAGGGAGCUGCUGGGAGGCAGAAAACAAGGCGACUCGUCCCAAAGCAGCCCAACCGCUCGCCUCGCCCGACACACAGGCACCCUGCAGCGAGGAUAUGAAACGCACGAAAAUAACCCUCUACAUGACGCCAGGGAAGGUGCUAACCCUCCAGCACGGAGGAGAUCCGGAUGGGCAGGAGCAAGGCAGCGGUGGCGAUUGUGAGACGUCAGCGACGCAGGACAGAGACGGUCUGAAUCGACCGGUGCAGACGCUGAAAGUCCACAUCCCACAAACUGUCUUUUAUGGUCAGAACGCACCGUUAGUCCUCCAGUCCGCCACGCGCAGGUUAAAAAUUGCACCGGGGGACGCUUUUCUAAAAGGGUCGUCCGUGGAUUCUGUGUCCCAGGGCAAUGAACAGUCGCUGGCUUGUUCCGUUCAGUCCGUGUGUCCUCAAAGUUACCGGGACAACCCGAACAGCAAACGGCACAGAAUCCGCAUUAUCUUACCUCCGCCCGUCCAAACCACGGUCCAUCAAUACUUCCUUCAGAACGAGGCCCAAAACUGCAUGAGGGAGGCGGCAGGGGUGGAGAGCGAGUUAAUAAGGAGCAGACAAGAGUGGCAGAACCGACGGUGCACUGACUCCCAGUUAGAAGACUUUGAACAAUUAAUUUUCACAGAGGAAUCGUAUGUCUGAGAAAUGUAUAUCCCGCAGAUGUUCUUUAUUUUACUAAGUUAUGUGUAUUGCAACUUUCAACCGCACACUUUUAGACACUACUACUGCUCCAGCGUGAAUGGCCACGUAUAGGUUGUCAUCGAGCACUCGGACUCUUAAUACAGUAAAACUCGCAUAAGUCCUACCUUUUUAAAAUCUUACAACGGACCAAGUCAUACAUGCUCUCAAGUCCGUCCCAUUCAGUUUCCCAUCAAAACCACUUAGAUUUCGUUGCACUUAUCACAUUAAUCAUCCUCUAAAUCAUAACACCGCACCCCUAUCCUCCAUUACUACCACAUGUGCACUUAGCAGCUCUGCUGAAUUACAUGUGCAGUGUAGACGAUUGAUUAAAUCAGAUUUUAUAUGGCCUGCCUGUAACUCGGAUUUCACUCGUAAGUCAUAUUAAAUCUUAUGGUCCCGACUGAUACGACUUAUGUGACCUUUACUGUAUUAACACAGUGCUUCUCACUCCGAACCUUCCUGACCUCAGCAUGUGUGUGUUUCACAUCGAUCCUUAUCCUACACGUUACACAGCAGAUCAUCUAUGGGGGCAAAGAGGUGGGGGGUUGGGGGGGGAAUACGGAACGUGAUGUUAUCACAGGUGAUCAUGUCACACUCUGUAGUAACCCCCUCCUUCCUCCCCCCCGUGCUUCAAUCUGCCUUAAACCUAUCUGUUUGAUUCUAACACCUGACAUUGAGCCAACAUGUUAUUCCUUGAGCUGUUUAAUUUCUUUCUCAUUUGCUGCCUCUGCUUCUCAGGAGAGCUCAGGGUGCUGAGAGCUCACACCUGAUAAGCCCCAGAGGUAGGUAACCCAGCCUUGUUAUCUGUCGCUUUGGUACAUUCCGUUUUUUGUGUAUAAUGUUUGGAUUUUUAUAUAAAUAUAUACCAAGGUACACGGUUUUGUCCCUAGAAUGUCCUAGAAGAUGUUUAUACUUUUUCUUUCAUUAAAAAAUAUUGUUUCAUUUGUCACUGCACGAACAACAGAGGCUGUUGCAUUGUACAAUACUGAUUCAAACUGUAAACGAUUUGCCAAUUGAUUUUUAGUCCCAACUAAUAGUUACUUUGAUCACAUUGUAUUACUCAAUGCAAAGAAUUCUAUAGAGCACCCAUAUAUCUAUCGACUACAUCUGGCAGACACUAAAAUAUUUGCGUGGUUUUUUUUUAAAAAAAGGUCGAAGCCUUUAUUAAAGUGAUGAAUUAAAGCAACGUGCCAAUACAGCGUAAUGCUGGAUAGGAACCCGUCAGAGCUGUGCUUCGUAUGUCUUCUUGUGAUUCAGAUGUAAUCGUUUAUUACAGUGGCCUGGUGUCUGCAUGAGCAUUGUGAGCUGGUGUGCUAACUGGAGACUGGGCAGACAGCUGAUCCACCCACAGAGCAUCUCUCUGCUUGGCAUCACAGUCAAGACUUCGCAUUUAUACAGGGUUAUUCCUCGUGCUGUUUCCAGGUGUCGAAAGUUCAGGGAGAGCCAGAGCUGGCUUGGCCCCCAAAAGGAUCUACCGGUGCAACGUGAGGAGCAGGGGAAAAAAACUCCUUUCAUAAUUGACGACUGACAUCACAGCAACUCAAGGCAGGAGCCAUAUCAGCUGUCAAUAGGGAACCAGUUAGAUAUCUGAACGGAGUAAUUUGCAUGGGGGUGGGUGGGGGGGGGUGGUCAAUGGAAUUGAAUGGGCUUCUCUCCCAAAGAACCAGCUGGGCCGACUGGCUGUGACUUGUAACUUGGUUAUCAUUCGACCCACAAUACAAAGUUGCAUCCCCGAUGAUUUUUUUUUAUAUAUAUAUAUAUCAAUAGCAUUCUUUCGCUAAAACCCUCUGUGGGGGGGAAAAAAAAUGCUUGAACUUCACUUACACGUUUGUUACAAUUGUAAAUCUGAGGACCACAUCCUCUGCCCCAGUGAGAUAGCCAAACAAGGUCGUCAAAACGGCCGCUGAAAUUUUGUUGAAAUUGCUGACAAUCUGUGAAACUGACCGUUUAUAACUGGUGGCUGUUUUAAUUGAGUUUACAAUUGUAGAUCAGGUACUGUUCGAGGUUUAGUAGUAGAGAGAGAGCGAGAGAGAAAGAGAGCAAAGGGUUCGUACUGAUGGAGACACCAGGGAGAGAAAGACUUUCCACUGUGUGCGUUUUGUGGGGGUUGGAAUGGCAUUGUGUAUAAUAGGAGUUUAGAGAGAAGAGCUAGUAUUUUUGGGGUUCUACAGUCCCAUCCUAUCUCCUAAAGGAAGAUGUUUUGGGGCUAGUAUAGUACAUUCUAUUUGGUCUAAUGACCUGAUACCUAAUGCACUGUUAUUCCUUUCUAUAAUUGGGGCUGGUCCCAAUCAAUGUAGUUAUGGAGCUCUCCACUGUUUGGCCAUCCCAUUGCGUUGUGUCAAACCAAAAUAAAAAUUUGCACGGGCCUUUCAGACGCACUCCUAAAUUGGAGUGAAUUUUCUGGAUGGAAAUGUUUCAUUUUUGCGCUAAUCCCAGAUCAGCCGAUGCCUCCUGAUAAAACUCACGGACGAGAAUCAAUCUCAACUCUUUUUAUUUAGGACUGAGCACACUGAAGCAUCAUCUACAGCGAGCACCUUCACAAGAAUUCCUCCGCUGCCGAUUCAACACAGUUGAAACCUCGGAAAAAAAAAAGUUAAUUAUUAGGUGGCGAGUGUGGGCAUUUGGUGGGGGGGCUAAGGUAUGUCUUAAUUCCCCAACAUCUGGGAACAGCACUAUGAGCUUGUGGCAAGAACUUCCAUUCGGAAGUAAAACAUAAAUUGGCCACCGUGGAUUUAAGCACAAGCCACGUUAACUGGUCUUAGGGGAUCAGUAAGGGUUUUAUUUCUAUUUUGUCGAGUCCCACUGAAGUGCCAGUAGACGUGAGCCUGUCCCGUGCUGUAAAGGGGCGAUCACCUCUUGUUGAUGUACACACAGAGCUGUUCGUUGUUGGGCAGCUGUGGAACAUCUUGUUGUCCUUUUCUGUGUAACUGAGUUGUUGAUAACGAAGGAGGGCUUAUUACAAUAAAACAUAGUCACGCUAAA